AAAUCAAAUCAACUUGACUGUAAAAUAAAUACUUAUCAGCAAUAUUUUAGCAGUUAUUUUUCAAAGAAAAACAAUCGACCUAAUUUUAUCAAUUUGUUCUGUUUUCGUAACAAUGUUGCUUUUGAUAUGUUGGCCGUAUGUGUAACUUGGACCUCUCUAAACUGCGUAAAGUCAUUUGAUCACGUUCUAAAGCUACUCCAAAAUAGCUUCAAUUAAAUUUAAACUGCCACCUAAAUCUUUUUUUUUUUUUAAAUUUGUUUCUUUUUCAAUAUAAAGAUAUAUUUUAUAACUAUAUUUUAACUCUAAGUCCUUCUAAUGUUUAGGAAAUGUAACUGCUUGUGUGUCCCAAUUUGAAUCAGAAGCUUAAACUGUGAUAUUUUAAACGUAUCCUACAAGUGUGACAGUUUAUUUGACAGUGACGUCAGUGACACUUGAUAGUACCCAGUUGCCGAGUGUUUGGAAUUAUUGCUCUUGUUAUUGCUAGGUAUCUUUAUAAAAAUUCUGUUUUUCUAUUGCCGAUGCGGAUAUUUUGUUCAUUAAUGUGUUGCAUAGAAUUUGCAUUUGAUCACAAUGGCCCUUAACACUAAAAUUUUAAAGAUGAAAACGAUAUUUUUAGCACCUCUACUCGGCUAUAAUUUAAGAAGAUACUAUCAUGGUAUUCCAUUUUACGACUUUUAUCAAUACACUACUGGUGAAUCAUUGUCACAGUACAUGAUAAACAAACUGAGGAAAAAAAAUCCUAUGUUAGAUACUCUGAGUCGAGAGCAACUGCAUUGUUCACUCCAAAUACUUAAAAAGUUUGGUGUAGAGCCACUAGACGCCUGUUCCAACCCACAUGUGUUCUGUAUGAAUCCAAUAUCAUUAGACAACUAUGGUGAAAUACUGAAAGAAUGUAGAUUUGCCUAUAUUGCACCUAAACAUUUAAUAAGGUAUCACACACUUGUCCGAUCCCGAACAAUAGCACACCACAAAAAGGAGGGACUAAUUAGAGAUGACAUUAAAUUGGAGGAAGUUUUACUAAACUGUUUCCAAGAGUGGCCAUCUAGUCAAAAGAAAACACAUGGUUUUGAUGAUUCUACUACAUCUAUUUUAUCUGUUAGAUUGAGUGUCUUGGAAAGCUAUCUUACCUGGAAACUGGCUGUCACACCUGAGGAGUUCAAGGAAUAUUGCAGAAACUAUUUGCCUUUAAAACACAAGCCAAUGAGUGACAUACAAGAAGCAUUGCACAUAGCAGAGAAACAAAUCAAUUUCGACCUCCAAACAAUAAGAAGAAAUGGUUUUGUCAUAUCAGCAGAUCCUAUAAACACAAAACUGAUUUUAGAAAAUGUUGUAUCUUUGGCUGGUCUAGACAUCAGAGAAGCAAUCCGCAUAGAACCUGCCAUUCUGAAGAAUAAUUACAAUGCUCUGUUAGAAAUAAGAGAAAUUCUGGAAGAGUAUAGAAUAGGACAAGAGGCCCAACAAAGAUGUUUGAAGGUGUUCUGUAUGCGCCCAGCCACAGUGCGCGAGAGGCUGGACGAGUUACAAAACCAAAAGGAAUACAAUAUAUUAUCAACCCACCCAAGAGUGCUGUCGAUGGUGAUACACAAGCAUAAAAUGAUGAGCCGACUAAGUAAAAUACAGGCAGCCAAGAAACAGUGUUUUAGUCUCAAUCAUCUGGUUUCCUCUAGCAAAGUAUUCAACGAGUACAUAAGCAGCUUUGGAAACAAAGUAUGCGGCCGGGACAUCGCAGUACUGAUAGUAUCCUCACUAACUGGUGGCAGCGGAAUGCCCCAAGUAUCGACAGAUCCGUUGAAGUUUGUUUUAAGUCAAUUACGAAGACACAAGUUUUGGCUACAUGCUGCGUUAAAUAUUGUAGAUGAAAAUAUUAAAUUUCUGCAACAAAGAUUCCAAAACAAAUUCAUCAUUAAUAAUUGUCAGUUGUUAUUAUAUCCUGUAUUGGAUAUAGAACAAUACGUUGAACUGCUGCUGGCCUUGCGCAGCGGCGCCCCGGCCAUGGGCGCCGUAAAACUAGACGGGUUCUACAACAACCUGAAUUGCCAAGAGUUCACUGACGACCAAAUUCUCAGCCUCACACUCUACGAGAUAGAGAAAAAGUACCACUUUAGUGGAGAUGGCAUCUGGGCUCGCCCAGACGGUGUUAAGAUGGAGGGCGCAUCCGCCAGCUGACCUUUGCCUGUACGACAUCCGCACGACUACGACAUGCAGAUUCGACAGUGAAGUGAAGAAUAAUACUACUUCUUCGGGCCAGGCAACAUAUGUACUGUACUUCACAUGGAUCCAAAGAAAAGACAAAAACACUCAUGUACCACGUGUAUGCCUGCUUCAUCAAAACGAGACGCCGGGCAGCGCCUGAACAUUUUGAGAAAUAUGUCAUCUUUCGUAUCACGCUCAAUAUAAUACGCCAUGGUUUGAAAAGCCAUCUUACUAAUAUACUCAUAUACUAUAAGUAAAUUAAAUGUUAUAAAUUGGCCGCUAACUAUCGCCAGCUCUAAUAAUGGUGGUCAUACACAGCCAGAGUGACGUAAACAGAGAAACAAUCACAUGCGGAUCCACAGUUCGGUAUGCCGUCACAGGCGUUGGUGCUGUCGAUGCAGAGGCGGGUGCCCUCCACCUGGCACUCCACCAGGUUCUCCGGACACUGUGGCUCCAGUAGCGCCAGCGGCCGCGCCGUCGUCAGCGCCACCAUAACGUGUGCCAUCUAAACAUUGUAUAUACGGUAUUACAAAGUACCUAUCAUAUUUUUUUAUACACAAGCCAUUUUUGCUCGCUUACGCUUAAUAUGGCAUUGGGUCACAAGCGUUACAUUAUGUUACCAAAAGUGUUAAGGUGACAUGACAAUUGCAGCUGCAUUAAAGUUCCGGCAUCACUGCUGUGGCCAAGACGUGCAACGCGCGCGCUUCACUGUCAAUUUCCUUAAUAAAAUGAGUGAGUUUCGCAGCCACAUUACAGGCGCGAUUAUAUACCACGUUCAUUCCGUCACUCACUUUUUCAAGGAAAUUGACAGUGACAGUGUCCGCGUCAAGGCCCUUGUAAUGUCGCACCAGUAAUGUAGCUGCAAUUGCCAUCCGAAUGUAACCUUAAAAGUGUUAUGGACUGAAAUUAUGAAUUGGGUGCGAAUUGAUUUGGCUCUCUGAAUGCAUGCUUUACACGGCUUCAGAAUGCUGCAAGUAAUAAAACUUAUAAAUUAA